AUGUAUGCUAUAGCUUUAGAGACAGCUAGGGGGAUAUUGUACUUACACCAGGACUGUAGAAUUAGGAUCCUGCAUUGUGACAUUAAACCUCACAAUGUGUUAUUGGAUGCCAAUUUCACGGUGAAAGUCGCCGAUUUUGGGAUUGCUAAGAUGAUUGAUAAGGAUCAUAGCCCUGUUUCGCUAAUGAGGGCUCGAGGCACGCCAGGGUUUCUGGCGCCAGAGAUGUGGCUGAAGAAUUAUUGUCCAGUGACUGAGAAAUCCGAUGUGUUUAGUUAUGGGAUGCUGCUUCUAGAGAUAGUUGGUGGUAGAAAGAACUAUGAUUCAGGGGCAAAUGAUGAAUCAAGCCAAGUUUAUUGUCCUUUAUGGGCAUUUAACAAGGUUAAGAAUGGUGUCUCCUUUACCCAUGAGAAGAGUGGAUAA